CGGUGUCUGUACAAAACCCAGCUCGCAAAGGCAGCGAUGGCCCCGCAUCGGAUGACAUCGAAUUCAUGACCAGUGGUCCGGAUGCUCAAACUUUCGCUGCUGGACUGGUAUUCUGGAAUGUGGAUCGAUUUGUGUCUCUUAGCGGAAUCUUGUACCGCAAGCCUUGACUUGUCCCCCCUCCCCCAUCCUGCCACCACCUUGGACUGCACAGCAACGUCCACUCUAGUGGGCACUGGGGAUUUUGCAAAGUGGGUCGUCGCAAUAGCCUUCGCGUCGGCAGUACGCCGUGUCCGCCCGUCUCACUGAUUCCGAUGUCUGCGGUGCAGGCCUCAGCCGCGUGGUCACCUGUCUGCAAGCAGCGUCAUUCUGGAAUCUGUUGUCCUGGACCACGACUACGCGGCUUCGGGGAUCGCCCUAUAUACACCAUCAACUGGUGGGGACAGUACACACAAUUUCAGAGUGAUGUAUAGUCCCAGUGCCGCUUCAUUCAAUCUCGGACACCAGCAAACUUUCUUCUGCAGUCGCUGUUAACUAGAUUGGAGCUUGCUAGUUUCAGAUCCCUUUUGUCAUAUCAGUUGCUUUCAUUCCUUCGCUACUCUCUCAGGCGUUCUGAAUUUAAGCCAAGCUGGGAAAGUGAGGCGGAGGGCACAUUUCGACCUAUUUCCAAUCCCUUCAUUCUGCGUCCAGCACUUCCACCAGCAUGGAAAACUUUGGCCCGGCCAUGUUUAUCAACUCGGGACAGAUCAUACCGGGGUGGUUCAGGCAGAGUCAGGCGUGGGAGGUCGCCACGGAGCCCUCAAGCUUGAAGAAACUGGAGGUGGAAGUGGACAUGUGCUGCCCUGCAUGCGCAGAAAAAGUGCAAGUAGCAGUGUGCGGUAUGCCCGGUGUGUUCGACUAUAAAACUGACUUGACCAACAACCUGCUGACGGUGACAGAAUGUCCUGAUGGAGGACCCAACCACAAGGAACUGCUGAAAGCGGUGAAGAAAGCCAUUGGAAAGAAGGGAAAAAUUGUAACGCGCGAGCCAGCCUCUGCGGAACCAAACCCUGACAAUGAACGUACCACUGACGGAGAGCGUUGGUCUUACUACUACCCGGCGUUUGUAGUGAUGCCAUACUCAGCCAACUCCUCCUCCCCCUUCAUCACAAACCCCAACUACCUGCACCAUCCAACAGUUUGCUGCAACUGCUUCAUGUAUCCGGACGCUGCGUGCGGCAACUGCGGACGCGGAGCGGAGCAUUGAGUUCUGGACGUGAAAAGAGUCGUCCAACCAGUCGUUCUACAGUGCGUGCCCAAUCCCUGUGCAUGUAGCGUUUGCACUUGGUGGAUUCUCACAUUCCCGGAGUAGAAAACUGAUUUACGACUUAUCAUUUGGCACUGCUGAAUUCGCAAACACUGAAAAGGUAAGGAAUGUUGCUGGCUAACUUUACCCAAAAGUCAUCUUGAAAGGAGAGCAGAAAAAACGCAGCAGAUGAGGCAAGCUUCGGGGGCAGAUGGACACGAGUCUCAAAGAACAGUCCGCACGAGUCGUGCGACGUCCGUAUACAGCACACUAGAUAGUUGUGGGUCGUUCAACGUCGCUCUUGUGCUCCAACGCUGCAGCGCUCAUAUGGACCAGUAGAAACGUCCAAACCUUGGUCCAGAACAAGACAAAUGAAGCAGUGAAACUGUGAGAGGGAGGCAUCAACACCUAAUCAUCGGUGGUUGCAGCAGAAUAUGGAGAUGGGCUGUAUGGUGAGGAAGAACCCAGAAUCUUUGACUACAGUGCCCUGACCACUGCCUAGGCCACGCAUGCCUCGGAUUUCACCAACACCGCCACCACUAAUUCGCAAGAUGGCCACCUUCGUCAACUCUCACAACGACUCUCAACAACUGCUGCAUCAUUGUCGUGCGCUUUUCUGCACUCGCUUCGCCCACGCAGUCAGAGAAUGUUUUGAAACAAUUAUCAUUCUACGGUUCUUGUUCAGAAUUGUGUGUAUAUAUGGACAUAUGUAAAUAUAAAGGCACAAGUUGAGGGUCAGCUACUUGUGUGCAAUAAAAGAGGAGCUCGUUGGUUUUCAACCAUAUCUUCAUGUUCUAGAUUUCAAUCCCUCUGUGAUUGUUGGAAAAAUUAAGUUGGAGAUUUCUGUAAA